CAUUCUUUAUUAUGCAGCUUGGAUAAAUCUAGACGCAGCUUCUAGACAUAUAAAAUACGUUUUUUUUACGUAAAUAUAUCAAAAGGAAUUUAAGAUAUCAUUUGGCGAUCUUAAAUGGGUCUAGGAAACCGGUUUUGUUUAUCAUAUAAAAUAUUGAAAAUGGAAAACCAAAGAUGACUGAUACACUCAAGUUGGCAUCACAACAUGGGAUUUGAAAUAAUUUUGGGACACUUUUUUUCGUGAGCCGAGUAAGAUUGCAAAAGGGCACAUGCUGGGGAUGAUGUGAAAGGUCAACACUCUCGCGAUCUUCGGAAAGGGAGAGUGAAGACCGGACGGCCGAGAAGAAAACGAAAACGAAGACGAAGACGCGGCCAUGUGGCCUUCAAUGGGUCGCGGUCGUGAAGCCCCAGUGGUCUGGCUCCACUUCAUUCAGCUCGUCGUCGGAGAAAGAGAUUAUCUCUGCACUUGCUCCGCGGCGAGCGAUCGCUUAUAUAACCCCAUGGCUCCCGAGUGGAGAAGAGGGCUAUAAAACGGCGUGUGCCCACGAUUGCCGAAUCAUUUCCAGUCGGUCCAGAGGCGAGCAAUCAUUCGAGUCCUUCGCAGCGAAUCCAGAGAAAUGGCAGCCCGUUUCAUAAUCAGUGCGCUUCUGUUGGCUAGCCCAGCUGUAUGGGGCAAGCCCACCUUCGGACGAGAGCAUGUCCACAUCCGCAUUCACCUGCCGGAGAGCGGUGGGGAUCACGGCGGCCACGGAGGCGGUGAUUUUGGCGGCCAUGGAGGUGGCGGCUAUGAGAUUCACUCCCACGAUGGCGGAUACAGCGGCGGUGGAGGAGGCGGUGGCCAUGUGAACACCUAUGCUGUUAUCACCGAGAACCACGGAUACAGUGCCGGAGGAGGCGGAGGCGGUGGCGGUGACCACGGAUACAGUUCCGGCGGAUAUAGUUCCGGCGGAUAUAGUUCCGGUCAUGAUGAUGCCAAGAUUGCUGCUAUCGCAGCUGCCGCUGGCUCGUCCUCUGAUCACGGACAUGGUGGACAUGGAGGCAGCGGCGGACACGGCGGAGGUUACGGUGGCCAUGCCAUCGCCAACAUUGCAGCCAUUGCCGCCACCUCGGACUCUUCUGCUCAUGGUGGCAGCGGAGGAUACGGCGGCUACAGCGGUGGCGGUCACAGCGGAGGAGGUCAUGACACCCAGGUGAUUGUGGCUGCUGCUGCAGCUGGUGAUUCCCAUGGUUCUUCCGGCGGAUACGGUGGUGGCUCAUCUGGUGGCUACAGCGGUGGCUCCUCCGGUGGCUACAGCGGUGGCUCCUCCGGUGGCUACGAUGGUGGAUACUCUGGUGGAUCCUCUUACAGCGGUGCCUCCUCCUACAGCGCUGGUUCGUCCUACAGCUCCGGAGGAUAUAGCGGUGGACAUGGCGGCAGCUACAGCAGUGGCGGCGGAUCCAGCUACGAUACCCAGGUGGUGGCUGCAGCCGCUGCUUCCGGCAGCGGUGGCUCCUACGGCGGAUCUUCCGGCGGCGGUGGCGGUGGCGACGGAUACAGCUACUCGGCGCCGGCUUCCGGCGGCUGGGCAGGAUCCAACCCAAGCUGGAAGUAGACGGCAAUGUCCGUCCUUGGCCAUCUGGUCGUCUAGUCUACUGUUCACGUUUAACUUAUAUUUGACAUGUUCGCUCAUCCAUAUUCCACACAUUCUCCCAAGAUACUGGUGUACAAAUAAACCAUGUUAGUGUAAUAAUUUAAGCCAA